AUGGCUUGGCAUUUGACGUAUCACCAUAGGCUGUCUGACAGUAGAGCCUCUAACGAAACUGGGCUGUCCCAAGCUUCUGGUACUAGAAUUGUUUACCUUUACACUACGAAGGUUGGAAAGGCACCAAAUCCCAUGUGUGGCAUGCGUGCAGGUCAACUUGGAGGAGUUCGUGCUAGAAGACCUAAAGUUCUGAGGUUGUCCAAAACAAAAAAACACAUCAGCAGGGCGGAUGGUGCUUCCAGGGGUGCUAUCUGUGUCCAUCACAGGAUCAAGCAUGCUUUCCUCACUGAGGAGCAGAAUAUUAUUGUGAAAGUAUUGAAGGCACAGUCAGGAAGAUAA